AUGAUGGUGAUUCAAAAGGACCUCGACGCAGAGCAGCUUGGUGGAUUCGUUCGCUGGAUUGCACCGGCGGAUGUGUCACAGGCCAUGCCGGUGUUGCAAGGCGGCGAUUGGUACCACAUCGAGGGGGAGACCCCCGCACAGCUGAAGGAGCCUGAACAAAAGGCAGAAAACAAGCCCGGACAUCGCCCUCUGGGCUCCUACAAGCUGCCGACACUGGGCCUUUUUGAUUUGAAGAAAUGGGUCUACCACCCGGAGCGAGCCAACCGCAGGAUUGUCAUCAACAAAGAGGACUACUUCGGAAUGGCAGCAGACGGCCUGCGGAACUUUGAUUUGUGGAAUGUGGCCCACGUCGCCGCAUACCACGACGACUUGAAACUCUUGUCGAUGGCCACUCUUGAGCAAUGCAAGGAGCCAAACAGGUGGGGAAUGACCCCAAUGCACAUGACUGGCUUGGGACAACAUCCUUACGGCCCCUCGCUUUGCGUCCUCUGGGAGCUAGUCCAGAUGGGGGCAGCGGACCCAAUGGCCCUGAACUCUGCAGACCAAAGUCCCUGGCACAUCGCGCAGCGGAUGCAGAAGCCAUCCCACCUGAAGAAGUGGGAGAAGGUGGUGUUCAAAGGCGGAAAGCCGGAGGAGUACGAUAGCAAGAAGGAGGCGCAGCUGAAGCCACGGGGCAAAUUCGCGCGAGCCCUUGGCCUGGACCCGGCCGUGGCCGAGGACACCUCGAAGCCGCUUCCGGUUUGCUUGGUGUUCCCAGGCCAGGGGGCACAGUACGUUGGCAUGCUGCAGAAGCAGAAGGACCUCCCAGUGUUGCUUCGUAGACUACGGAAAGACCUUCCGGCGGUUAAGGCCAUGCUCGCAAAAGCAAAGGAGGUUCUCGGCUACGACCUGGCAGAGAUCCUUCAAAAUGGUCCGGAGGACAAGUUAGCAGAGACGAAAUACUGCCAACCUGCGAUGUACAUAGCCGGCAUGGCCGCGUUAGAACAGUUGAAGCUGGAGGAGGAGGACAAAGUCAGCAGAUGUCGAGCAGUCGCUGGGCUCUCCUUGGGCGAAUACGUCGCGCUGACCGCUGCGGGCGUUUUUGACUUUGAGACUGGGUUGCGGCUCAUCAAGGUCCGAUCUGAGGCCAUGCAGUUCGAACUCUCUGGUGGCCGGCCCGGUGCGAAGGCCCAGGGCAUGUGCCUCGUGGUCGGCCUGGUCAAGGACGAGGUCGAGCGACUCUGCAAAGAGUGCGCUGGCAAGGGCGAAACUUGCCAGAUCGCUGCCUGCCUAUUCUCGCGAGCUUUCUCGGUCGCCGGAAGCCGCUCUGCUGUCGAGUCCUUCGUGGAAAAGUCGCUGGCAGCCGGUGCGUUGCAGUGUUCUCUGCUGAAAAACUCCGGCGCUUUCCACACCCCUGAGAUGUUGGAUGUUCGCAACAUCGUGGUUAAGGAGCUGGAGGCUGCCAAGGCCAGCAUGAAGCCUCCUCGCUGUACUGUCUAUGCGAAUGCGACGGCGAAAGCGAUCGGGCCGGACACACCCAUUCAGGAUCUCCUGUGA